UGGCGGGUCAGUGGGCUGCCAGCAGUGGUUGGAGGUAGACGGUGCUACGGCGCUCUCUCCUUCCUCAUUUUCUCCCUCCCCUCUCUCUCUUUUCUCCGUCCUCUCCUACCUUGCCUUCUGUUAAUUCAGGUGAGCGGUGCCCCGCCCAGCAUGGACUCAUUUCAGUGAUAACAUGACAUGUACAAACAAUGUCGAAGCUGUUUAAACGCUUGGUGACGUGAAAAUUACAAGUGAAAGUUUAUUGAGACAAAUCUCUGGUGGUUGUGAUUUUAACUGGUGCGAUGAUAACGAGCCUUAGUGUGGUAAAAAUGGAAAACUGUUUGAGUCAUAGCGUUGGUACCGGAAAUGUGAAGGGCCAUGUUGACAGCAAUAACAACAAUAACAAUAACAGCUGCAGCAGUAGCAGUACCAGCUCCAACAGUAAUAGCAGCAACAGCAUAAACACCAGCACCAGCAGCAAUGGCACGAACAACAAAUGCAGCAGCAGCAGCAGCAGCACCUGCAGUAGUCCUAGCAGCACAAACCACUUGGUGCAGGAAGUAGACGAGGACCACUCCAGGUUUCCGGGACUUGCUUCUAAACCCUCGUCGACCUGUGGGGGCAAGUACCAGCUGCGGCCUCGGUCCCUCCAAGCGCGGCGUCACUCUGACAGCGAGUGGAGCCUACAGGACACGCUGCGCCACAAACCGAGGCCGCAGCCGCUGUCCCGCUACCGCCGCAAGACAGCCAACGCGAGAGAGAGGUACCGCAUGCGACAGAUCAACACAGCAUUCGAGAGCUUGCGGGGCGUGCUCCCUUCCUGGGUGUGUAGCCGCCGCGCCGCAGCGGACAUGACCAAGAUUACCACGCUGCGGCUCGCCUCCGCCUACAUCAGAUCGCUGCAGGACAUCCUGGACGGCAACGCCCCCGAGGACACUUGUUCCUGGGUACUAUCCAGCAUCCUGGGAGACACCACGAAGAGCAAAGGGGCGCAACCAGAGCCAGUCAAGACCCAGCACACUUCCGUCAAUACUCAGCAAGAAGCAGAUUUUGUGUCGUUCUUGUGUAACUCCUCCGACACGGGAGUUUUCCAGGAUAAUUUGGACUCUUUAUCAUAUCUGUCUCCGAUGUCAGAGACAGAAGCUGUCGCCCUUCUGCUUGGAAGUGACCCGCCGCGUGGCUGGGGGGAUGCUCAUCACACACAACUCGUAACUUAAUGAAGGAGGGCAAAGGUGAUUUUUUUCACCAAUAAACUCUCCGCAUCGUCCUAGACAUUUCUCAGACUUAUUUAAUUCAGUCUCAUCGAUUGAGUGGUUGUAUAAUACGUAACUUAUGAUGAUUAUCUAUUGAAUAAUUUAUUUCCGUGCUGUACUUAUGAACGCUUCACCGGCUGGGUUUAGGUCGCGGUAAAUAUGCUUGACAGGCUGUGACGCUCUCUGCAGCCCAUCUUUACACACUUUGAAUGCAUCUCCAGUAGGGACACUCACUCAUCCUGGCUAAUGUGGAAGCGGGGACGAGGUUGUGAUAGCCAAAUUUCGAUUCCUUGUUGUCAAAGCAAGCUGUGGUUUGACCACCGCGCCUCGGUCAUCGCUACACAGGAAGGGUCGGCAGCUUAAAGUGAUGAUAAUAUUGACUUUCAUGUUGUCUCAACGAUCUGACAACGCCUACAAUCCUAACAACCUCUUCCCCUCGUGCUAGCCUGGCUGAGAUUAUGCAUCACCCACCCUUACAUCCACAUCAGAAGGUACACCAUUCGCUACUUCCACAUCAGCCAGGAUAAGGAAAGUAAUGGAAAAAAAAUAUUUGAUUUAUGAUUUAGGGAGAUAAGAUCGGUUGUUAUUUCAUUCUUAACUCCGCUAGACGUCCAUAGGCCUCACCCAUUGGCUGGCAUCCCGCAAACAUUCCCUUUUCUCGAAUUUGUACGUGAGCAUUCUGUAUAAACACACCCACCCAUUCUCUCUCUCUCUCUCUCUCUCUCGCACGUAUACACACACACACACACACACACACACACACACACACACACACACACACACACACACACACACACACACACACACACACACACACACAAAUCUAAGACUUUCAUCUGAUCAACACUCAAUAGAGGGAAGAAUAAUGUCUUCCCGUCCCGCUAACCCACACCGAGUAGGCGAGGUAUCCCCCAGCUGAGGACGCCGCUGGGUACGAGUCAGGGUGGGGCCGUAGGAACAUCGUCACGUCGUGGGUGUUCCAGACACUUCGCACGUCCUUGUACCUUCGCGAGAUACCUAUGUUUGGGCGUACCCACGGCGGGCGACGACAGAAAGGACAACGACUCUGCCUGUGUGUGUGUGUGUGUGUGUGUGUGUGUGUGUGUGUGUGUGUGUGUGUGUUUGUGUAUGGAUGCGUGGAUGUGUCGGUGUCUGCAUGUGGGUAUUUGAGUAAGCAAGAGAGAGAGAGAGAGAGAGAGAGAGAUUUAUUCUAGUCAUUACACCUAUGCUGCGGUGAAGUAAUGGUGGCUAAUGCGUCAGAAAUCCUGCAGCUCAUCAUUAAUAAUCCUUUCUUCUGCGCCUUCUUCAGAGCUAACUUUCUAUAAUGCUUCGACCAACAUUAUUUUCCUUCUCCCUUCCUGCGUUGCCUCCCAGCUCCCAUCAUGAGGGAUUUCAAUUUAAGUUAUAGAAGUGGUAUCGAAUUGUUUAUCUUUCUGUUUAAAGAUAGAGUUUCUUUUGCAUUUCUUUGUGGGCUUCCACUGUGUUAAGAACUGCGAGAUAAGAAAAAAACACCACCUCUCUUGGUAUGUUCUCCCUUUAUGUUUUCUUUAUCAUAGUUCAUUUAGUAUUGUAAGUUGAGAGAAAACAUCACAAGAUUCUUCUCCACACUUCCUCCGCAAUCUUUUUUUUUUCCUGCCUUCGUUCUUUUUUCGUUCUGAAAAUGCUCACUUUUACUUUUCUUUUUCCCCGAUGCUCUUUUUCUCAUGUAUUUGAAAAAAAAAAUUCACCUAUUUCCUUAGUUUUUUCCUCCUCCAAUAUUUCUUUUUUUUUUUUGUGUGUGUGAUAUUAAACUUCAAUACUUUAUCUAGUUUUUUAAAUUCUAUUCCCUUCAUACUUCUGUGUUAUCAGUGUAACAUUACUUUCUUAUCCAAACCUUUUGUCACCAUAAAUUGAUAAAUAACGAUCUUAAAUUGAUUUUUGUUUCGAAAGCAGAACAUUAAUUUUUGCCUUUUUGCAGUAAAUACUUUGUUUUAAGUGAUUUUUUUACUUUCCCUCUAAGGUGUUUGCUCUUUCCACUGGUUAACAAAGACAACUCUCUCUCUCUCUCUCUCUCUCUCUCUCUCUCUCUCUCUCUCUCUCUCUCUCUCUCUCUCUCUCUCUCUCUCUCUCUCUCUCUCUCAGCGUUCUACUUUGACCUCGUAUAACGCUUAACGCUGUCUUUUAAAACACGGAGCAGUUCUCUCAUGCUUAAUUUUAUCUAACGUCAUUGCCUUUUCAUCUCCAUAUACCUAUUUAUUACUAUCAGCCUUCAUAUUGUUAUUAUAUGUGCAGUUGGUAAUGUAUUGUAUAUUCUCCGUAUGAGUUAGCUCGUCUAUUAUUUUCCUCUAUUUAUAGUUAACAGAUCUUUUUUUGUUUGGUAUAGGUAGUUGACUUUAUUGUAUGUAUUUAUAUAACAGGUUUUCAGUAGAGCCUAGAACACUGUAUAUAGAUUAUCGACAUUCCUUUCAUUUUUAGCAUUCCGUUUUUCUUCUCUCUCUCUCUCUCUCUCUCUCUCUCUCUCUCUCUCUCUCUCUCUCUCUCUCUCUCUCUCUCUCUCUCUCUCUCUCUCUCUGCGUCUCCUGUUAUUUUAACCAUACUGAGACCGCCACCUUCGUAACAAAAGCGAGAGAUAAUUAAACGCCUUAGAACACAACUGGUUUUCUUUUCUGGUUUCUAGUCUCGGCCCUUCUUUGUUUCUUACUAUGUACAUUUUUUUUUCCUGUAUUUUCUUUUACCUGUUUUUUUUUUUCUGUUUUUAUUCUCUCACUCUCUCUCUGUCGAUUCCUGUUUGUGGGUUAGUCUUGGUGUAUUUUUGCUUCUUUAUGUGCGUGUUAUUGGACGUGUGCUCGUAUUAUCUAAGUGUCGACGGGUUUACUUAUCCUUGAGAGAGAGAGAGAGAGAGAGAGAGAGA